CUUGUCUCCCUCCGCUCAUGGGCAUCAGCGAGCGCCGCAAGUACAAGGCGACCGCGCGAUGGGCGUACUCGCGUCCGCUCGUCCUCAACGCCCUACGCCUCCUCUGGAUCGUCGUCGUCGUCUGGGGCGAGAUCGGUGUCUACUACUGGUCACUCUCGUCCUGUCGCUGGCCGGAUAAGAAUUUGCCUCAGCAUGCCUCCCCACUUCACAUACUCCUGAUCUCCGACCCGCAAGUCCGCCCCCCACGCGAUUUCUGGGAAGACACGUCCUGGCUCGCCUCUGCACGGGAGUUCUUCUUCGAGCUCAAUCUGAAGCGUAACUGGCACGUCACUCGUCGCCUGAAGCCACAAACCAUCUUCUUCCUUGGCGACAUGCUUGCCAGCGGGAAAUACGUACAUAGCGAGCAAGAAUUUGAGCAGUACUGGCAGAAGUUCCAGGACACGUUUGCCUUCGAGAACGGGACGGACGUGUACUACUUGCCAGGGAACAACGACUUCGGCAUGGGAGCGUCCCGCUCACUUUCCGUCAACGUGCGAGCCUACUACAAGAAGUACGUCGGCCCUCUCAACCAGGCGGUCCCUCUGCGAGGACACAACUUCGUUGCGUUGGACGCUCCUGGCCUCGUAGACGAGGACUAUAGGAGAUCUGCCAGCGGCUUGCCGCAUCAGCAAUGGAGUCCGACCCUCGGAGGGACCUUGGACUUCAUCAGAGAGUUAGACAAUGAGCAAGGCCCUGUCGUGUUGUUGUCGCAUAUUCCCCUCCACAGACCUGAUACUGCCACAUGCGGUCGGCUCCGGGAGAAGGGAACUAUCCGCAGAGGCGUCGGUCACGGCUACCAGAACACCCUUGGCAAGGAGACAACAUACUAUCUCCUCGAUACGCUCCAUCCUAUCGCUGUCUUCAGCGGUGACAACCGUGAUUACUGUGAAUACAACCAUACCUCCCGACACAUCGACCCGGAGACCCGCACCAAAAUCUCUGAAGAAAGCGUGCGGGAGGUCACCAUCAAGUCCUUCUCUAUGGCGCGAAAUAUUCAUCACCCUGGAUUCCAUCUACUCUCGCUUGUCGAACCAUCAACCGGCGCGCCGUCGCUAGCAGACACGGCGUGCUUCCUGCCAGAUCAGCCCGGCCUGUUCUCCGCCCUCUAUUGGCCCUUCGUGGCCAUCACUACCCUUCUCCUGCUCUUCCUUAACCUGCGGAAAGGACCGGGCCGUCUCCCAGGUCUUGUCGGCCGCCUCACACCGGCUAGCCCAUAUCGUGGUCGCCAUCCGACUGUCUGGACGCCAUUCACGGCCGCUCCAGAUAGCCCCACUGGCUCUCUUCCUGUGGUCCGCACCCCCACAUCCUCCGCUGGGCCGCAGAUGAAGGCAUCUUCUCGGCCAGCAUCCCCCUCCGCCCUCCUCCAUCCCUCUUCCGCGGCUGCUAUCGCUGCUGCCGACGCAGACGAGGACGAGGACGAGACGUAUCCCGCGCAGUACGCCACCCGACGCGCAGCGUACGAGCACGAUGACCUCUGGUCACCGCGGCAUAACAAGGGCGCGCGCAGCAUCGAUCAGGAGGCCGCAGACUCGUACUUCCUUCAGCAACCCGCGGCGCCUCGACAUCAGGGCAAGCGCCCGUGGUCGUGGUCGUUCACGUUCGUGUUUGCGCAGCGGCGGCGGCGGAUCACGCUGCGGGCGCCGACGCUGACGGCGCGGGGCGUGAAGGACGCGGUGGGCGUAUUAGGGUGCGGGGCAGACAAGUUCGAUGCCGGGGUGGUGGGGAGCACGGCACUGGAUGCGCUGAGUGUGCUGUGGGUGGCGGUGGUGGUGUGGGCGUUCCUUGCGUGGAGGUCGUUAUAGGACGCUGCGAGAGUGGAUGAGUGCAGGACGAUGUAUGAGUCGAGCGGUGGCUUCGCAGAGUUACGACGCUAUGUAAUUUAUUCGUAACGAGGAUUUUCUUACGACUGGCGAUGCGCUCUGUAGCAUACGAUGGAAGCUUGCUUGCUGUCUUUACGGUCAAGGACAUCUAUACUGGAGUAUAAUGGGUGGCAUGGCUGCGA